UGCUGCGGAGGUCGGGGUGGGCGGGAGGACGUAGGGCCGCUGUCGGGCUCCCUAACUUGUUUUCGGAGCGUCUCCGCGGGUCCGGGACGCGGCGCCGCGCACGCACCAACUUGGCGGACCCGCUGUCGUCGGCCCGGACGCGCCCCCGCCCUCUGGCGGGCGCCUCGGGUCCCAGGCGUCCCGGCCGGCGGCGUCCGCGUCUGACCCGGCCGAGCGCGCUCCGCGGCGGGGCGGAGGGACCAGCCGGCCCGGAGCGGGGUCUCCGUGGUUUGCUCGUUGAAAAGGCUGACAGCUCUGCCGGGGGUUAAAGUUUGUGAAGAAGUCCUGACUUUGCGUCAGCGCCGGGCCCUGCGCCGGUCCCUCCGUCUGCGUCUCCCGCGUCCGCCAGGAGUGGCCUGUCCCGGGGCUCCUUGCCGAGCCUGGCCGCCGCUCUCCCUACGGAGCUCCCGCCCGGGAAUCCGAGAUGGAAAUCCUCUAUGAAUGUGGAAGCCAUUAGCAGAGUAAUUGCUGUCUGUUGCCAUGACAACCAGCCGCUGCAGUCACCUGCCCGAAGUCCUGCCAGAUUGCACCAGUUCGGCUGUGCCCGUGAAGACUGUAGAGGAUUGUAGCAGCCUAGUGACUGGGCAGCCACAGUAUGUCAUGCAAGUUUCAGCCAAGGACGGGCAGCUGCUGUCAACAGUAGUGCGGACUCUUGCCACCCAGAGCCCCUUCAAUGACCGGCCGAUGUGCAGGAUCUGCCAUGAGGGUAGCAGCCAAGAGGACUUGCUCUCUCCAUGUGAAUGUACAGGGACCUUGGGGACAAUUCAUCGGAGCUGCCUGGAGCACUGGCUGUCGUCGUCAAACACCAGCUACUGUGAACUCUGCCACUUCAGGUUUGCAGUGGAGCGAAAACCCAGGCCGUUAGUGGAGUGGCUCAGAAACCCUGGUCCCCAGCACGAGAAGCGGACUCUGUUUGGAGACAUGGUGUGCUUCCUGUUCAUAACGCCCCUGGCCACCAUCUCGGGCUGGCUGUGCCUGCGGGGCGCCGUGGACCACCUGCACUUUAGCAGUCGGCUCGAAGCCGUCGGCCUGAUUGCACUCACUGUCGCACUCUUCACUAUUUACCUCUUUUGGACACUGGUGUCAUUUAGGUACCACUGUCGAUUGUACAAUGAAUGGCGUAGGACCAAUCAGAGGGUGAUUCUCCUCAUUCCAAAGUCUGUCAACGUACCUUCUAACCAGCAGUCCUUGCUGGGCCUCCACUCGGGCAAGAGGAACUCAAAGGAGACAAUUGUCUGACGCUGGUGCAGCCGUUUGGUGGAUUCGUGGUUGGGGUUUGGAGAUUUCUGCACUGGGGCCAUGCACUGAGCCACCUGAGCCCUCCCUCGUCUUGUGGGUCACAACAUCCAGAGCUGCGUCAGCACAGCGCCGGAGCAACAGACUCCACCCGAAGAAAGCGAUGCUGUUUCCUUCCAAUCAUGGAUGCUGCAGUCACAUGAUACUCGCUAAGCUGCCAAACAUGUUUAUUUAGCAGAUACUGUACGGAAUUUUCUGAACACCUCUUUAACAUGUGAGGAAGGUUGUCCUGCUAAGAAUGCAACUCAAUUCUUCCUUUUUUACUAUUUCAAGAAAAAUAUAUAUAUUAAACUUAGAUGAUAAUGAAAAUCGAAAAGCCAAUGUAAAAACUGGCUUCUUGGUUUGUCUGGGUUUUAUUUGGGUUAGUUUGUUUCUAAUGUGGGUUCUCUGGGGUAAUUUGAUGGCUUGAGUGGUCUUUUCAUCUCUUUCAUAUCCCUUAUUCAAGGAAACAGCAUAAUGACUGCAGGGUAAGUCAUAUUUGAAGGAUGUUUUGUACUAAAACCUCGUUUAAUUAUUCAGUUUUUAAAGGGAAAAAGGUGUGGCGACUCUCCACAUGGUGAGCUGUUUAUUUAAAUAUCAUUAAAGAGAAAAAUUAUGGUGAGAAGCACGCUCUCUCCGACUUGUUUGGUACUGACAGCUGAUAAAAGCUAUUUUCUAAUAAUAAAUAUCCAGUGUGUGAAAGACAAA